AUGAAGGUUCUCGUCUUCGUCCUCUCCGUCAUCUCCCUGACGAUGGCCUUACCCACUGUCGUCGAUACUCCGGGCCUUGACCAUGCGAGUGCUGUCGCAUUACACAUGCUCUUUCCCCAGACAGCUACACAAGUCAUUGAACCAUACAAUGAUCAAAAUCCAACCAACACCCAGUCACCAGGUGGAGAGGCUCAUGCCGGCUCCAAUAUCAACGGUGGCUACGUUCCUGACAACUCGUCCGAUGGGUGCACAAAGGCACCCGACGAUAUCGUCACCUGGAACUUCUUGCCUGCCUGUCACCGUCACGAUUUUGGCAUCCGCAACUACCGUGAGCAGGGCAGAUUGAACAAAGCAACGAAGCGCCGCAUCGAUGACCAGUUCUUGGAAGAUCUCAAGCAUGAGUGCAAUACACACACAAUAACUCGUCGAGCAUGCAAGCGAGUGGCGGAGUUUUAUUAUGAUGUCGUGAAGCGCAUUGAUCCGGACAAGGACCGGGUUUGA